UAUAGUUUACAUUCCCUAGAGAGAAUCAAUACACACUCAACUCCACAAGUUAUAUCUACGCAACAUGUUAAACAUCUAGUUUUAUAUUCAAUAUGGAGCAAAAAUAUCUAGCAGUACUGCUUGUACUAGCUCUGCUUAGUGACCUAGUGGUGUGCAGGAGGGGAGGAGGAGGAGGAGGGAGGAGUGGAGGAGGUGGAGGAUUAUUUGGUGGAAGGAGAUCAUCAAGUUCAUCUUGGGGUAGUUCAAAUAGUAGAAGUUCUUAUCCCAAACAGCAGUGGGGAUCCAAUACAGGAUCCAAUACAGGAUCCAAUUAUCCCAAACAGCAAUAUGGGGCUAAAAACACUCAAUCCAAUGUACCCAUUGGCGGUGGAGGUUUUGUAAACCCCAAAGGAUCAGGAUCUAGCCUUGGAGGUGGUAACUAUGGAUCACGAGGGUAUGGAUCAAGUAAUUAUGGAUCAAGCGGGGGAACUGGUGGUGUUCCAAACUAUAGUUACAGGAACCCUGGAUAUGGAACUAACUAUGGAACUAGUUUUACAUCAGGCCGUGGCAUGUAUGGAGGUUCAGGGAUGUACAGGAAACCCCUGGGACUGGGAGUAGGAGCUGGUUUUCUUGGAGGAGCAGCUAUAGGGUUAGCAACAGGGGUUGCUACCAUGUCCGUGUACCAUAGAUAUCAAGAAUACAAGAGAUUGAUGUAUAUGAAUCAGUAUGGGCAUUACAAUGAUAACUAUUAUAACAGUUACUAUUCUCAAAAUAGAUGCUAUAUGGGGUGUUCCAUGAACUCCCAUUGUGAGUAUGGUAUUUGCGAAUGUAAUAAUGGCUUCAGGAAGAGCUAUGGACAAUGCUAUCGGGAUGAUAUGUCCCGUCCAUCAAGAUCUCCCUCCUUCGAUCCAUUUCAACCUUGCACUGACACGAUCAGUUGCCAAACCAUGGAUAUGAAUCUGAUCUGUAACACAAACCUAACUGUUGGAGCAGAAGGGCGGUGUGAGUGCAGAACUGAUCUAAAAUGGAACACUGAAACCCUUCAAUGUCAGAUCUACCUGGAUGUUGACUGUAGUUCUAUCACAUAUGAAACCAAACCCUCACCAAUCAUCCUCAAGGCGGUGAAUAAAACCUUGGAUAAGUUUGAUGAAACAGAUGAGAUAGUGACUGAUGUUCCUGACAAUGAAACCAUAUCUGCUGAAGAGAGUCUAGAGAAUAGUCUGCUUAGUAGUAUUGAUCCCAAAGAAGCAUCCAAGGAUGAGAUCAAGGAAGCUUUCUGCCGAGAUAUUGAUAGUUUCAGUUUCGAGCUGAGUGAUGAGUAUCAAACUAGUUCAGCACCGACUGAUGGAGGAGGGAAUGGUUCUAUUGUGUUUCUGAUAACGGUGUUCUUCUGGAAUCUCCGCUAUGGCUUUAUGUGAAAUUUUGAAGAAAAAAAACUUUCUGAAUGUACACACUACAAGUACACUCUAUGAUCACUUCAUGAAGCAGAAAGGAAUCUCAGUAGCUUAGAGCAACUGUCUUUCAACUUUUAGCAAGUCGCUUUUUCAUUUUGCUAUACAGUACAAUCUGUACACGCUAAAGAUAGUUAAUUAUAAAUGUAUCUACUUAAAUUAAGUAUAAAUGUUAAAAAUGUCCAGAUUUUGGAACUAUUUUCAAGGAUAUUUUAAAUUAUCAAUUUAAAAAAUGUACAAUUCAAUAUUUUCCAUUUCUUUCGUGCAGUACAAUACAAUCCUCAGCUUUUUACCGUCCAAACCUUAGCUUUCCCAUGCUUUCUCCGAAUCGGGAAACUUUUGAUCGUGCAAGAUAAAAAAACUCGGUUUGGAAUUUGAAAAAUUACUAAGUUUACAAAUUAUGUACAAACUUUUACAAAUUAAAUAUCAUAAACUGACAUUAAUCUAAUCCAAGUUUUUGAGUUUAUUUAAUUUUAUUAUGACUUAGAAUUUUCUCGUUGUAAGUUUUAAUACAAAGUAUAAAUUAUAUUGUUUUUUAACGUAAAUGUUUACUUUAGUGUAAAAUCAAUUUACUUAUUUAUUAUGUAAGUCUGAUGUGAUUUUUCUAAAGAACUAAGUUAUUGUUACAAACUCUUAUUUUUUAACCCCUAUAUCGUUGCUACCCAAUUUCGUAAACCUUUGAUAUUUCAACAUAAGAAUAAGAUCAACUGAUUUCAGUUUAAAAUAAGGAAGUAAGUAACCAUUUUUUUAAUGUAACAAAAAAUACUAAAUUAAGUGUUUAACGGGAAAAUUUUUAAAAAUCUCAAAAAAAUGAAUGUGGAAGUUUUUCCCUCCAAUCCAAGAAAAAUAUCAAAUGUUUACACUAUCAGUUCGCAAAGAUAUACUGAUUGGACAAUUUAAUUGUGUGUGACAAAAACUCAAUUCCUUUCCCAGACAUAGAUUUUAUACUUGAUGUAUUUUUCACAUUUAUUUCAAUUAUAUAACCUUAUCACAUACAGGGUAUCUCUGUAAACUUCUAGACUUAUGUAUUUAAAUAUUAGUUUAAAGGGAAAGUAAGAUGAUUUGGGGUUAAUGGCAUAAAUUAUUCAAUAACUCAUAUCGGUGCAAUUUCUAUUUCUAUCUGGGGAUCUAAGCUGGCAACUCUUGUAUUGUGUAUAUAGAGAUUAAUGCGAUUAAUUUUAUCCCGCAUUUAUCCUGAAAAUAAAAGUGCCCGCAGUGGAUCAAGCAAUCAGGAUUAAGAGUUGCAAGCUCUGGUUAGAAUUUGAAAGUUUGCGCCCUGUACAGACACCCUUAUGCAAAAGUUUUUUUGCAGGUCUGUGGCAUUUGGAAAAUUAUCAUUUCAUGGAAUUCUUUCCCUUUAUUUUAAUAUUUCUAAAACUUAAAUCAAUAAGAUAUCAUAUCUAUAAAUUUUUCGCUAAUAAAUAAUUGUAAACAUACCACUUUAUAUGCACUGAGUGUAAACCCUAAUUUAAAUAUAUUUUAUUAAAUGUU